AUGGCUGCGGAGGAUGCAGGAUCCCGAACCGGGGCUCCGGUGGUGUCUCCGUCCCGCCUGCUGCCGCUGCUCUCCCUCCUCUCCUGCACGCUGCUGCCCGCACCGGCGCACGGCUUGCUCGGCUUUCGCCCGGAGGAGACCGGGGCGGAGCUGUCCGUGGAGGACGGGGUGCUGAAAGCCACCGAGGGGAUCCGCUUCAUGCUGCGGGUUUAUUACUCCACUUCCCCGCAGAGGAUGAACCGGACGGCGGCGACUCGAGCCAACAACGCCGCGCCCUGGAUCGCCUUUAUCGAGGAGCCGAGUCCCGGUAGAGAGGGGCAAGUUCACCCAAAACGAAACAUGUGCAUGGACAAGGACGCCAGGACGUCCGACAUCGAGGUUUUGGGCUCUUUCAAGUCAGCUUCAAGUCAGAACUCGGUGCUGGUGGAGCUGCUGGCUAAAGACUUGAGAAGAGGGGAGAAGAUUAAAUACUACUCCAUGUGCGCCUUUGAUGGAUCCAAAUGGGAACACUACCGGACUCGGGAUUUUUGGGUGGCCGUUGUGGAGCGAUCGGCGGUCCCGGAGCUGUGGCUGCAGGUGUUAGUGUCCGUCCUGCUGCUCGGGUUGUCGGCUCUGUUCAGCGGGUUGAACUUGAGCCUGCUGGCGCUGGACCCGGUGGAGCUGCAGGUGCUCCAGAACAGCGGCACCGACAAGGAGCAGAACUACGCACGGAAAAUCGAGUCGGUGCGUCGGCAUGGGAACUACGUCCUCUGCACUUUACUGCUGGGCACCGCCAUCAUCAACGCGUCUCUCGCCGUGUGGAUGUGUCAAAUCCUGGGCAUGACCUGGCUCUCCACGGUCAUCUGCGCCUUUGGCAUCUUCUUCAUCGGGGAGAUCCUUCCUCACUCGGUGGCGUCGCGUCACGGUCUCGCCAUCGCCUCCAAAACCAUCUGGGUGACCCGACUCUUGAUGGUGCUCUCCUUCCCCAUCUCCUACCCCAUCAGCAAACUCCUGGACCUCAUCCUCAACCAGGAGAUUUCUAACUUUUACACCAGAGAGAAACUCCUGGAGAUGCUGCGAGUCACGGAUCCGUACCACGACCUGGUCAAAGAGGAGCUCAACAUCAUCCAAGGCGCGCUGGAGUUACGCACCAAAACCGUGGAGGACGUCCUGACCCCGCUGACUGACUGCUUCAUGCUGGCAUCGGACGGUGUGCUGGACUUUAACACCAUGUCUGAGAUCAUGCAGAGCGGCUACACGAGGAUCCCCGUGUUUGAGAACGAGCGCUCCAACAUUGUGGACAUCCUUUUUGUGAAGGAUUUGGCCUUCGUGGAUCCGGACGACUGCACCUCGCUGAAGACCAUCACCCAGUUCUACAAACACCCGCUGCACUGCGUCUUUAACGACACCAAACUGGACGCCAUGCUGGAGGAAUUUAAGAAAGGUGAGGAGGGCAUGAAGGGGGUUUGA